AUGCCUCCAAAUCUCUUCGUAUUCUUUCUCUUCCUCACCAUUCCAUGCCUCCUUGGCUCUACAGCUGGAGCCAUAGGCGUCAUCUGGGGUACCAUGUCUUCCCACCCUCUCCCACCUUCCAAGGUUGUUGAACUCUUGAAGUCCAACAACGUUUCCAAGGUCAAGCUCUUCGAUGCUGACCCACUUGUGCUACAAGCUCUCUCUGGCUCCAACCUUGUUGUCACCGUGGGCAUCCCCAACUCCAUGCUCAAAACUUUUAACUCCUCCAGGAAAGCUGCGGAGAGUUGGGUCCAUGAUAAUGUCACCCGCUACUUUUCUCAUGGUGGAGCUGGAGUUCGAAUUGAGUAUGUUGCUGUUGGAGAUGAACCAUUUCUCCAAAGUUAUGGUGAGCAGUUUCACCCUUUUGUCAUUGGAGCAGCGAUGAACAUCCAAGCAGCUUUAACAAAAGCAAACUUGGCUAGCGAAGUGAAAGUUGUUGUUCCAUGUAGUUUUGAUACCUUUGUGUCAGAGUCCAGCCUGCCUUCAAAAGGACACUUCAGGACUGACCUCAAUAAAACCAUGAUUCAACUACUUACAUUUCUCAGCAAGCAUCAUUCUCCUUUCUUCGUGACUAUUUCUCCAUUUAUAAGUUUCCAACAGAACAAGAACAUCUCCCUUGACUUUACUCUUUUCAAAGAAAAUGUGCGUCCUCAUAAUGACAGUCAUAGAACUUACAAAAACAGCUUCGACUUAAGCUAUGAUACCCUUGUUACUGCAUUAUCAAAGAUUGGGUUUCCAGAAAUGGGCAUUGUUGUUGCACGCAUUGGUUGGCCUACUGAUGGAGCACCCAAUGCCACCUCAUCUAUUGCUGAAACGUUUAUGAAGGGCCUCGUUGAUCACCUUCAUAGCAAAACAGGAACUCCUCUUAGACCUCGGAAUCCACCAAUAGAAACAUUUAUAUUUAGCUUCUUAGAUGAGGACCAAAGAAGCAUAACCUCUGGAAAUUUUGAGCGACAUUGGGGCGUGUUCACUUUUGAUGGCCAAGCCAAGUACCAUUUUAACUUUGGCCUGGGCUCAAAAAACCUUGUGAAUGCUCAAUUUGUUGAAUACCUUCCUUCAAAAUGGUGUGUCAUGAACAACAACAAAGAUAUGUCAAAUGCAACUGCAAGUGCUUUGGAGGCGUGUUCUAUAUCUGAUUGUACUGCACUGUCUCCUGGUGGUUCCUGUUCCAAUAUCGGUUGGCCUGGUAAUAUAUCAUAUGCAUUUAAUAGCUACUAUCAGCAGCAUGAUCAAAGGGCAGAUAGCUGUGAUUUUGGGGGAUUGGGUCUCAUCACCACUGUUGAUCCGUCGGUUGAUAACUGCAGAUUUUUUAUUGAACUUCAAACCUCUCAUUCAACUUCUGUUCACGAGGCGUAUCUCUUUCUGUGGAUAAUAUUGCUGAUGGCCUACUUUUUUUCAUGCUUAUUGGGUUUCAUGCAGUAGCUAGAGAGGCUUUUAAAUUCAACGGGCUUAUUGCUGUGGUAUUUGUUGUGCAUGGAUUAUAUUAGCAGCAAAACUUUGUUUGUUGCUAAUUUUCAGUUGAAAGAGGAGGAUGGAUGGAAAUUAAAUUGACCUCCAAUUUUGUCUAUUGGCAGUUCAUUUUGGACCUUCGAGGUUCUUUCUGUUCGAAAUGUUAGUUCCUUUGAUUUCAAAAUUUUCUAGUCAAAGUAUAGCAUCAAAGUGAUGAUUGACAUCAAAGAUUGGAACAUUGAACAUUCCCUUUUUUAGCUGAUCUGUGGGAUCAACCAUGUAUUAUGUAUCCUUUUUAGUCUGUUUCACAGUUUUGCAAACAGAGAA